CCCGCCGGGGCCCGGGCGCCGGCCCCGCUCUGCAGGAUGGGCACGGUGCUGUCUCUUUCCCCCGCCUCCUCGGCCAAGGGCCGGAGGCCCGGCGGGCUGCCGGAGGAGAAGAAGAAGGCGCCGCCCGCUGGGGACGAGGCGCUUGGGGGCUACGGGGCGCCGCCAGUGGGCAAGGGCGGCAAAGGCGAGAGCCGACUCAAGCGGCCGUCGGUACUCAUCUCGGCCCUCACCUGGAAGCGCCUGGUAGCCGCAUCUGCCAAAAAGAAGAAAGGCAGCAAGAAGGUGACGCCCAAGCCAGCGUCCACCGGCCCCGACCCACUGGUCCAGCAACGCAACCGCGAGAACCUUCUCCGCAAGGGUCGGGACCCUCCCGACGGCGGCGGCGCAGCCAAGCCCCUGGCGGUGCCUGUGCCCACCGUGCCCGCGGCCGCUGCCACUUGCGAGCCGCCGUCAGGGGGCAGCGCCGCCGCACCACAGCCUGGUUCGGGCGGAGGGAAGCCGCCGCCGCCGCCGCCCCCAGCCCCGCAGGCAGCGCCGCCGGUACCUGGCGGCUCGCCGAGGAGGGUCAUCGUGCAGGCUUCCACCGGCGAGCUGCUGCGCUGCCUGGGCGACUUCGUGUGCCGACGCUGCUACCGUCUCAAGGAGCUGAGCCCGGGAGAGCUGGUGGGCUGGUUCCGCGGAGUGGACCGCUCGCUGCUGCUGCAGGGCUGGCAAGACCAGGCCUUCAUUACGCCCGCCAACCUGGUGUUCGUGUACCUGCUGUGCCGGGAGUCGCUGCGCGGGGAUGAGCUGGCAUCGGCCGCUGAGCUUCAGGCCGCCUUCCUCACCUGUCUCUACCUCGCCUACUCCUACAUGGGCAACGAGAUCUCCUACCCGCUCAAGCCCUUCCUCGUGGAGCACAAGGAGCGCUUCUGGCAACGCUGCCUGCGCCUCAUCCAGCGGCUCAGCCCGCAGAUGCUGCGGCUCAAUGCCGACCCCCACUUUUUCACGCAGGUCUUCCAAGACCUCAAGAACGAGGGCGAGGCCGCCGCCGGCUCCGGGGGUCCACCCAGCGGGGGAGCGCCCGCGGCCCCCUCCUCCUCCUCAGCUGCCAGGGACAGCUGCGCGACUGGAGCCAAGCACUGGACUAUGAACCUGGACCGCUAGGGAAAUCCAAGGGCCGCCCCGCUUCCCGCCCCAGCCCCUGACACACACUCGGAGCCCCCCGGGACCAUCAAGCCGCCGCCGCUGUUACAGCCGGUCCAAGCCGUGGCCCGAGAAGGAGCCGCCCCUGCCCCGCAGGGGAAGGUGGAGGCCAGGAUGCCGGAGCCGCGGCGUCUGGAUUUGUUGGGCUCAGGGUGGGGGUAGGGGGUGAGAGCGGGAGGGGACCCCCAACGUAACCCUUUCUAUCUUCGUCCCCAUCUCUUCAGUUCUGCCCGGGACUCUGCCUCCCCUUCUGUGUGUGACUGUAAGUCCGUCUCCCUCGGAUUUGUCCAUUUCUUCAUCUCCUGUAUCUUCACCUUCUCUCUUGCCUUUCCAUCUCCAUCCCUGCCUUUCCAGUUUCUGUUCCUUGGGUGUAUUUCCGUCUGGAUCUUACCCCCUACAUGACUAUCUCUCAUUACCCCGUUUGUCUUUCUGCACCUGUGUCGCCACCUCCCGUUCUCUUUUUCCUCGCUCCUGGUAUUUGUCACCAUUUCCUCUCCUGUCUGCCUUCCCCCCAUCUGCCUGUGUCAGCUUGCAUUUCUUCCCCAGACUGAGCCCCCCUUACUCUUCUCUCCGGACCAAAGGGAACAUUAUUUCUUAAUUUGGAUCGGCUGAGGUGGUGCCGCGAGAAACUGCAGCCCCAGGAGCCCAGACAAACCACCAGGAUGGUCCUUCGCCCCACCCCCACGGCCUCUCCCUACCUUUUCCAACGUGUUGCAUGCCGGGAGUUGGGGGGGAGGGGGAUGCCAGCUUCAGGAGGCUGAGGUUUGGGAAAAAAAAAUCAAUCUAGGAGGUCACCCUGGCAGCGGCGGCGGCGCCUCAGCGGAAGGGUGGGAGGAGACAGAAAACUCUUCUUACUCUGAGGGAGGGGCACCCUUCUUCCUUAUCCUUAGAUGUACCCCCCCCCCUUUUAAUUUAU